AUGGUACGCACAGUAAAAGAGGGUCUUAACAAAAUCCUUGGUCAAGCUUUCCUGAACAUUGUAGAGCUGCAGACAGUCGUUGCGGAUAUCUCAGGCAUGAUUAAUGACCGACCAUUAGCAAAAGUCGGAGCCCACAUCAAAGAUGUAGUUACCCCAUCGAAACUUUUCAUGGGAAGAAACGUCGGACAGUGGCCAGGCCGAUUUGACCACUUGGACUUAAAACAAAUAAAAAAUAUCAAAGACAGAUGGAAAUACCGGAACACCAUCCUCACCCACUAUUGGAGAAGAUGGCGUACCGACUAUUUAAGAGACCAGCAACAACGAUCCAAGUGGUUCGAGAAGCAAAACAAUGUCAAAAUUGAUGACAUCGUCUUGCUCCUCGAAGAUAAAAAGAAUCGCAACGACUGGCAAAUGGGAAGAGUAAUAGCAAUAAAACAUAGCAGAGAUGGCUGUGUACGCACGGUCACGGUGAGAACCCAGAAGGGGGAAUUUGUCAGAAGCAUUAGAUAUCUUUGCCCAAUCGAGUUUGCUGAAGCGCCAGAGGCAAUGGCAGAGGACAGCGAUAGCCUGCAACCCGAUGCCUAG